AUGUUUGACCUCACACAGAUAAGCUCUGAGGUUCAGACAGCAGAAACUGAUGUUGUCAGGUCCAGGGAAGGAAAUCCUCUGGACAAUGAAGACGAUGAAGAUGGUCUGCUGGCCUGGUGGACAACAGUGGAAGGUUGGAGUGAAUGGAAUGAGUCAAAACAGUUUAAUGAGGAAGAUGGAGAACGAGCAAUCGAAGCCGCUGCUAACCGCGUUUUCAUGGCUGCCAAGUUAUUUGUCCACCUGCUGUCUCAGCGCGAGCCAUCGCUGCAGCUGCGCAUCCACGAGCUACUGGCGUUAGCGGACGCCGCCGACAGCUUCCACAAGAAAACGGUGACGGGCGGCGUGGGCGGGGUGGCCAGCGUCGGCAGCAUCACCACCAUCACUGGCCUGGUUCUGGCGCCCUUCACAUUCGGACGCCUCAUCGUCACAGCGGUGGGCAUUGGGGUCGCGACCGGGCGCGGCGUGACUUCAGCUUCCGCUAACAUCACCGACACGGUUCACUCCAACACGGACAGGAAGAAGGUGGAAAAGAUGAUCCAAGACUAUCAGCAGGAAAUCAAAGAUAUUAAAGAAUGCCUGGAAUUCCUACAGGCCGGGAUGGAGACUCUGGAGGAGUGGAACUUCGAGCAGUACGUGGACAGCAUCUCCAAACGGGCUCUGAACCAGAACGUGAAGCACGUUCUGAAGGAGGGCGGCCGGGCCGGGAAAGCGCUGCUGGUGAACACGGAGAACCUUAUCAACACCGUCCAGGUGCUCAGCGUGGCUGGAGGAGCCGCCAAAGCCGCGCAGGUCAUCAGCGUCACCACCGGCGUCAUGUCGGGCCUCUUCCUCGCCCUCGACGUCUUCUUCCUCGCCAAGGGCUCGCUGGAGCUGCGCAAGGGCGCCAAGACCGAGUUUGCGGCCAAGAUCCGAGAGGUUUGCAAGGAGCUGCAGGACGGACUGCAGGAGCUGAGGAGAAUCCAGCGACAGCUGCAGAAAACCAUGGACGGGGUUGAGAUGGAGGAAGAGGAAGAUGGAGGUGAUGGAGAGGAUGGGGAAGAGGAGGAUGAUGAAGAGGAGGUAGAAAAUAGAUCUGAGUCGAGAAAAGAUUCCAGCUAGAGAAACAUGCAAAUUAAAGAUCACGCGAUGGUAUUCAGUAAUACAAUUUAUUUUUUAUUUUAUUAGAAAAUACGUUUUUAUUAUUAUUAUUAUUAUUAUGAUGACGAAAUUAAAUUGCAUAUUGUAGAGUGUGUAAAGGCAAAUAUUAAAUAAUAAUAAAAAUUGGAAUUAAAUGUUUUUAUAAUGUAUACUAUGAAUAUAAAUAUUUUCUCUAUUUGCCAAAGGUAAUGUUUUCUUUAUAUUAAGGUGUCCUUGUUGCACAUAUUACAUUUACUUACUAUUAAAAUAGCAGUUAAUUUUGCAUAAUUACAUGCUAGAUCAAACCAAUUACUAAAUACAUGUAGUUAAUUAUAAUUAGUACUUCAAUGUAUAGUAUUCUAUGACAAGGACACCAUAAAUAAAAUUAAAUUUGUUUGCCAAAGUACUGUAAAUAGAACUGUACCAAACGAUAUUUAAUGAUUUAAGACAAAAUACUUGUUUUUAGGUCAAAUGUUUCUGCAGAGUGUCAAGAGAUGAGUUUCUCUUUAUCCUGCGUAAUGAAUAAUAUGUGGUUUAACAUAUAUGUGUGUGUGGUGCCUCUUCCUUGUGUCAGAACCGGUCAAACAGUGGAUUAUGGUUUCUGGGUAAUAAAUGAAUCGUUCUAUAAACAGUUA